CUUGAUUUCUCCAUUUUUAAUCUGCUUCAGGACAGAAUGAUUUCUUGUGGCAUCACUUUACUGUUGUCGUCUGAAAGAAUGGGAAUAAAUUAUCAUGGAAAAACAGCAGAAUAGGCAGUGCAAUAUUCUUUCUGAUGAGAUACUUCAGUUGCUGAAAACAUUGGGAAUCUGCAAUUCUUUGUCAUAGGACUUCAACUCAUCUUACUUUUUAAAUACUUUUUUCUGCGCCAGUUCUGCUGAAUCUGGACUGAAGAGAAAAAGACUCUGCACUGGCUGUGCUUUGCAUCCUACACAUUUAGGUAAAAGCAGGUGUUCUCCUUCUUGCUUCCCAUGUCCUAUUACCAGGAGGAUUUCUUCAGAGAAUACCUCAAGAUGAUGGCGAAUAUGGUCAUCCUGAACUUGCUCAUUUGUAUUUCGCUGGCGUUCUGGAUCGUGUCCAUGACUGCAAGUACGUACUACGGUACUUUACGACCCAUUUCUCCGUGGCGCUGGCUUUUUUCAGUCUUGGUUCCGCUAAUUAUUGUUACACAGGGUUUUAAAAAGAAGAGUCUUGAUCACAGUGGUGCUUUGGGAGGACUGGUGGUUGGAUUUAUCCUUACAGUUGCAAAUUACAGUUUCUUCUCUUCUUUGUUUGUAUUUUUUGUUACUUCUUCAAAACUUACUAAGUGGAAAAAAGAUAUAAAGAAGCAAAUAGAUUCAGAAUACAAAGAAGGUGGACAGAGGAAUUGGGUUCAGGUAUUCUGUAACGGUGGUGUUCCUACUGAGCUGGCUCUCUUAUAUAUGAUAGAAAACGGACCAGGUGAAAUUCCUAUCGACUUCUCAAAGGAAUACACAGCAUCGUGGAUGUGCUUAUCCCUUUUGGGAGCUUUGGCAUGCUCUGCUGGUGAUACGUGGGCUUCAGAGAUUGGUAGUGUUAUGAGUAAAAGCAAACCAAGAUUGAUAACAACCUGGGAACAGGUUCCAGUAGGUACUAAUGGAGCAGUUACUUUAGUGGGCCUGCUCUCAAGUUUGCUUGGAGGCAUGGCAGUAGGCAUAGCCUACUUCGUAACACAACUCAUUUUUGUGACUGAUCUGGAAGUGUCUGCUCCGCAAUGGCCCGUUAUUGUGUUUGGUGCAGCAGCUGGCCUACUGGGAUCAGUUGUUGAUUCGUAUUUGGGAGCUACGAUGCAAUACAGUGGUUUUGACCAGACACUUGGCACAGUUGUAAACCACCAAACAAAAGACUCCAAGCACAUAUCUGGAAAACCUAUAUUAGACAACAACACCGUCAAUCUUUUUUCUUCUGUAAUCAUUGCUUUGGUGUUUCCAGGCACGGCAUGGUUUUUCUGGCCAAGGGAUUGAAAUGGUUUCAGAUUUUCUGCAUGUGAUUCAUUUAUGUUCAGUGUUGCUCAGAGACUCCAAAGAGUUGUAUUUAAACUGUCUUUAAGAGAGGGAUCUGAAACUUUCAGGAGCCGGAGGACUUUCCAUCUCAGCCUGUUAAAGCUGUAAACCUCGUGGCAAUCGGCAUCUCUCAGGAAGGUGCUUUGUCAAUGCUCUUGCUGCUUCUCAGAUGGAUGCAGAUCAUUGCCAAGUGAGGUGAAGCACUUGAUUCAUUUAUCCUCCAUUUAUGGAGCUGAAGUGUUGGUGUCUGUUCUCUCCAGUCUCCAGCAUCUGGAAGGGCAAGAAGCUGGAAAUAGAAGUCUAAUCUACAUCAAUCAGUGUGAUGGAGCCUUGUGGCUGUUGUCCAAGCUAGACACAAAGUACACUUCAGCUUUAUAUAGGCCAUAGUAAUGUGGGUGAAGUGGGUAAAUUCUGGUGUUUCCCAUUAUCUACAGAAUGUAAGGUCUUUUGGAAGUAUUUGGGCUGGGAAGAGAGAAUUCAGCCUUGUUGCCAAUACUUUAUCCUGGUACUAUCUCCACUUCCCUGAGAAUAGGAUUGAUAAAAAUAAUGACACAUGCAUACAUAACAUUUCAAGCAAAAAUCUAAAUUUAAAGUAGAAACUCACUAGCUGUUCCAGUAAGAAUAAUAAGUUUUUCUAUGCUUUUUUGGCAUCUUGAUUUCAAAACGAGUUAUAUUUAUGAAGAUUUGGCAAUACUGUGGUACUUAUCAAAUUAUUUAAAAUUAAAGAUGACAGUUGUGAAUUCACAUUCAUCUCUUUAGAAAGAGAAUGGUUUUUUCUGUAAGCAUAGAAUUGUUCCGUAGUGUUUGGCAUUCUGACCAAACUAUACUCCUUGGUUAUUUCUCAACAGUGGAAAUGCUUCCCAUUUUGUUUGGGGCUUCUAUUUAGAGAUGAUGGCCUCAGCCAAAGAAGCUACAGAUGUUAUCCUUGUAGCAAAUGGGAGAAAUCACACUUAUAAACCAUUGAAAAAUAGAGAUUUAAUUUUUGAUGCUCAGGCUCCUGUAUUAGGUAAUUCUGUCUUCCAUCAUUCAUUUAUAAAAAUUGCAGAAGUAAUUUGGCCAGCACAGAUUGUAUUUAAACUUUAGAGAUACCCUCAUAAUAACCUCUCACUGUUGGCAUUCAGAAGCAUGGGCCCAUACUUUUAACUUAUAAAAAGCUUUUUCUUUUAUUGUUAGAGAUAGAUGAAUCUUUUGUAUUGAACAUCUGGUUUUUUUACAAAUGUCUUGUGUAUAUUGCCUGUCUUAAUUGACUUUUUAUUUUGUCACCUUUUAUGGGAAUAUUAAAAAAUUGUAACACCUUCGGUACUGAGUUUACUCUUUUGAAAUCUAGUCUAUAUAAACCUGGAAUUCAUCACUGGAACUACUUCACUGUAUUACCCAAUUAUAAAGAUGAGAUUUCAAAGUAGUAAAAGCGUUCUGAAAAGAACAAAUUUUGUAGCUGCUCUAUGUCUGUUCCUGUGGCAGGGGACAAAAUUACAGAAGUAAUAUAUGCCCUUGAACUGUAACAAUAAACACUUGGGAAUUUUAUGCACUGUUUGGAUUUAUGCUGCUUCUAAAUAAACACUCUUAUUAGUUGUCUUCUAA